AUGGGACACAGCACAGGUUGGGAGUCGCACAACUACCACUCAUGGUUUGUGUGCAGCAGCGCCCCCUACAGCAUGAAGGUGCAGCACGUAAACACCAGUGCUCUGGUGGUGCGCUGGGCCCACCCGGAGAUCACAUACCACCCCCCGAUCCUGCACUUCCUGGUCUCCUACAGCUGGACGGCCCACGACGACAGCUACGAAGAGACGCACCUGACCGACGCCAGACACAAACUGGAGGCGGUCAUCUCCCCGGUGUCUCCAGACGUCCUGUACCUGUUCCGGGUCCAGGCCGUGUGUAUGAACGACAUGCGCAGUGACUUCAGCCAGAGCAUGCUCUUCAGAGCCAACACCACCAGGAUUUUUGAAGGCACGAGGAUUGUGAAAACGGGAAUGCCCACCGUGUCUCCUGCUUCCUCGGCUGACAUGGCUCCCAUCUCCUCGGGCUCCUCCACCUGGACCUCCUCCGGGAUCCCCUUCUCCUUCGUCUCCAUGGCGACGGGCAUAGGCCCCUCCUCCAGCGGGAGUCAAGCCACCGUGGCAUCCGUCCUGACCAGCACCCUCCUGGCCGGUCUGGGCUUCAGCGGCGGGGUCAUCUCCUCCUUCCCCAGCUCCAUUUGGCCCUCGGCUCAGAGCAGCGCAGAGGACACAGACGUGAGCGGUGAGGAAGAGGAAGAGGAUGAGGAAGAGGAUGAGGAGGGAAAGAGGAAGAAGAGAAAGCCCAAAGUGAAGUCCAAAGAAGAGCAGGUGGAGACUCAGGCCUGCACAGACCAGGAACCAGCGAGAGAUGACCCAGACCAGCAGAGAAACUGCCCCUGCUCCGAAGCAGCCAGUGAAGUCCGCCGCAAAUGCAGACGGUCAGGUCUGUUCCUGGAGCUGGAGGCGACCCGUGUGGAGGGGCCCCUGUCCCUGGGGACUCUGUCUGCCCUCAGCUCUGCCUGCACGGUCCUCCUGCUGGCUGCACUUGGGUACUGCAGAGCAAAGAUAAGGAACCUGGUCUUUUUGCUCAAUCCAGAAGCAGGAAAGGAAGGAAAAGCAAGUACUCAACUCUUAGACUGCACAUGUGAGUGGAGAGUUCAGCUGCACUUGGACCAGCAGUAUGUGGAAGCCAAACUCGUGCCUCUUGAGCUCUGCAGGAUGAACACUUUCUGCUCCCUUCUCUGUGUCAAGUACAGACGCUGCUUCCAGAAUCAUCAUCUGUAUGUGGAGGACGGUGCAUCAGCCAGAGCUCUACCUGCGGACACUUCAGCCACUGUCACGAUCCCAGAUGACGCUGAAGCCGUCUCCAUCCAGGACUUCAUCAAACACGUCUCACUUCUCCAUUCCAGCAAGCAGCGUGGAUUCACCGAAGAGUUCGAGGAGAUCCAGCGCUGUGCUGCGGACACUAGGACCACAUGGGAGCACUCCAACCACUCCGAGAACAAGCACAAGAACAGAUACAUCAACAUAGUGGCCUACGAUCACACCAGAGUGAGACUGAAGCCGGUCCCGGGGAAAGAGUCCAGACACGACGACUACAUCAACGCCAAUUAUGUGGAUGGCUAUAAUAAACGUCAAGCCUACAUUGCCACCCAGGGACCUCUGAAGUCCACCUAUGAAGACUUCUGGAGAAUGGUUUGGGAACAAAACACCGGCGUCAUCGUGAUGAUCACCAACUUAGUGGAGAAGGGCCGGAGGAAAUGUGGUCAGUACUGGCCCUCGGAGAACAGUGAGGAGUACGGCAGCAUCGUGGUGACUCUGCAGAGCUCUCAGGUCUACGCCUGCUUCACCGUGCGCCGCUUCAGCCUCCGCAACGCCAGGGUCAAGAAGGGGGCCAGAGGAGCGUCUAAAGGGCGUGGCCACAGUGAGCGGACCGUGCUUCAGUAUCACUACACACAGUGGCCGGACAUGGGGGUCCCGGAGUACAGCCUCCCCGUCCUCACGUUUGUCCACCGCUCGUCCGCAGCACAGACUCCAGACAUGGGUCCAAUGGUGGUCCACUGCAGUGCUGGAGUGGGACGCACAGGGACCUACAUCACCAUCGACAGUGCGCUGCAGCAGAUCCAGCACAAGAGCACAGUGGGCGUGUGCGGCUUCCUCAAGCACAUACGCACACAGAGAAACUACCUAGUGCAGACCGAGGAGCAGUACAUCUUCAUUCACGACGCUUUGGUGGAAGCCAUUUUGGGGAAGGACACAGAGGUGGCGUCCGAUCGUCUCCAUGACUACCUAAACUCCAUCACGAGAGCGGACCACAGCGGCUGCUCCAGGAUAGACGCCCAGUUUAAACUAAUAACACAAUGUAACGUCAGGUCUGCGGACUGUCUGAGCGCUCAAAAAGACUGCAACAGAGACAAAAAUCGCAGUUCUUCUAUAGUUCCAACGGAGAGAGCCAGGGUCGGACUUGCAGCUUUACCGGGGCUGAAAGACACAGACUACAUCAACGCUUCUUACAUUAUGGGUUACUACCGCAGUAAUGAGUUCAUUGUCACUCAGCACCCCCUCCCACACACCACUAAAGACUUCUGGAGAAUGAUCUGGGACCAUAAUGCACAAAUUAUUGUUAUGUUGCCUGCAGAUGAGAGCCUGGCAGAGGAGGAGUUUGUGUACUGGCCCAGUCCAGGAGAGUCCAUCAACUGUGAGGCCUUCACUGUCACACUGAUGAACGAGGAGCAUCUGUGUCUGUCCAAUGACGAGCAGCUCAGCAUCCACCACUUUAUCCUGGAAGCCACUCAGGACGACUACAUGUUAGAAGUGCGACAUUUUCAGUGCCCGAAGUGGCCCAACCCUGACGCUCCGCUCAGCUGCACCUUUGAACUGAUCAACGUGAUCAAAGAGGAGUCGGCCAACAGAGACGGACCCACCAUCGUCCACGACGAGUUGGGGGCGCUGUCCGCCGGCCUCUUCUGUGCUCUCACUACACUCUCUCAGCAGCUGGAGUGUGAAGGCAUCGUGGAUGUGUAUCAAGUGGCCAAGAUGAUCAACCUCAUGAGGCCAAGGGUUUUUUCUGACGUUGAGCAGUUUGAGUUCCUGUACCGAGCCGUGCUGAGCCUGUCCAGUCGGGACAGUGGCCCCUCUGCGCUCUCAGAGAAGCCUCACAGAGUGUGA